CUACAAAUACCUCCCUGACCUCUGUUCCAUCCAUCGUCCCCUCUCUCUCUCUCUCUCUCUCUCUCUCUCUCUCUCUCUCUCUAUCCUGCACUUUUGGAGAGAGAGGACGGCGCAAAGAAAGACAAACCCAUAUCAACAAUCAUCACGACAUAGAUACGCAUAGAUACAUACAUACACGAGCAGAGGCGGAGAAUGGCGAUGCAGAGAUUAGCGACAAUGAGGGGGCAAUUCCGGGCAAAAGAAUUACUUCGACGGUGUCGCGGCUUCUCUCAGGUAGUGCACAGAGAGACCAUUGCUCACAAAAUCGAAUCCCCGAUUCCCAAAAUGCCCCCCUUCGACUACUCUCCUCCUCCGUACGACGGCCCCUCCGCCGCAGAGAUCUUGCAGAAGCGCAAACAGUUUCUCAGCCCUUCGAUGUUCUACUUCUACAACAACACCCCACUGAACGUGGUGGAUGGAAAGAUGCAGUACUUGUACGAUGAUACUGGCCGUAGGUAUCUGGACGCUUUUGGUGGGAUUGCUACCGUGUGCUGCGGACACUGCCACCCCGAUGUGGUCAAGGCAAUUGUCAACCAAACCAACCGCUUACAGCACUGCACCAUUCUGUACCUCAACCCCGCCAUCACUGAUUUCGCCGAGGCACUUGCGUCCAAGUUGCCUGGUGAUCUCAAGGUGGUGUUUUUUACGAAUAGUGGGACCGAGGCGAAUGAGCUAGCGAUGAUGAUAGCACGAUUGUACACUGGGUGCCACGACAUCAUAUCACUGAGGAAUGCGUACCACGGGAACGCGGCCGGGACCAUGGGGGCCACUGCACAGUCCAACUGGAAGUUCAAUAUUGUGCAGAGUGGAGUUCACCAUGCCCUUAACCCAGACCCGUAUAGAGGUGUAUUUGGUUCAGAUGGCAAAAUGUAUGCAAAAGAUGUCGAAGAACUCAUUACUUAUGGAACUUCAGGGCACGUUGCUGGGUUCUUGUCUGAAUCCAUUCAGGGAGUGGGUGGGAUUAUCGAAUUAGCCCCGGAUUACUUGCCUGCUGUCUACAGCAGUAUCAAGAAAGCAGGGGGCCUUUGUAUUGCUGAUGAGGUCCAGUGUGGCUUUGCUCGCACAGGUAGCCAUUUCUGGGGAUUUGAGUCCCAGGGCGUUGUGCCUGACAUAGUGACAAUAGCAAAGGGCAUUGGCAAUGGCAUACCUCUUGGUGCCGUGGUAACCACUCCUGAAAUCGCAGAAGUCUUGACGCGUCGAUCCUAUUUCAACACAUUUGGAGGAAACCCUGUGUGUACUGCUGCAGGACACGCUGUUCUCAAAGUAAUUGAGAAAGAGAACCUUCAAGAGAAUGCUCACGUUGUUGGAUCCUACCUGAAAGAGCGCCUCAAUUCUCUCAAGGAUAAGCAUGAAAUUAUUGGUGAUGUAAGGGGAAGAGGACUGAUGCUUGGAGUUGAACUUGUCACUGAUCGCCAGCUGAAAACUCCUGCAAAAGUCGAAACACUGCACGUGAUGGACCAGAUGAAAGAAAUGGGAGUGUUGAUUGGCAAAGGUGGGUUUUUUGGAAAUGUUUUCCGCAUUACACCUCCACUCUGCUUUACCAAGGAAGAUGCAGAUUUCCUUGUCGACGUUAUGGACUACACAAUGUCAAAGAUGUGAAGCUACCCAUGAAGUUAAAGCAUCAAACUCUCUUGGAUUCAUGUUACACGACCGAUUUGGAUGUGUAAUUGCAUGAAAUGUUAAAUGUUUCUGUAAGUUGUAUUGUUAUCCUAAGUCCUAUCAUAAGGAAGUCAACACCUCGUUGUCUCUCCACCCUUUCGGUU